AGGAAUUUUGGCCCGCGGGCGAAGCCGUAGCCGCAGUCUCCUCGGGCGUCCGCAUCCAGGAAGCCGGGAAGCCUGGUGUCCAGGAUCCCGCGCGGGGGUCCGCGAUGUCGGAGGGCGAAACUAGACAGAGCGAAGACUCCCCGCAGGCCGGCGCGGUGACAGUCAGCGACGUCCAGGAGCUCAUACGGCGCAAGGAGGAGAUCGAGGCGCAGAUCAAAGCCAAUUAUGACGUGCUGGAGAGCCAAAAAGGUGUGGGGAUGAACGAGCCGCUGGUGGACUGCGAGGGCUACCCCCGGUCAGACGUGGACCUGUACCAAGUUCGAACUGCAAGGCACAACAUCGUCUGCUUGCAGAAUGAUCACCAGGCCAUCAUGAAGCAGGUGGAAAAGGCCCUGCACCAGCUGCAUGCUCGCGACAAGGAGAAGCAGGCCCGGGACAUGGCUGAGGCCCACAGAGAGGCCAUGAGCCACAACCAGGGCCAGAGGGAGGGCCUCAGCCCCCCUCAGGCCUUCGCCAAAGUGAAUGGCGUCAGCCCUGGCUCCCCCGCCAGUAUCGCGGGUCUGCAAGUGGAUGACGAGAUUGUGGAGUUUGGUUCUGUGAACACCCAAAACUUCCAGUCUCUGCAUAACAUUGGCAGUGUGGUGCAGCACAGUGAGGGGAAAGCCCUGAAUGUGACAGUGAUCCGCAGAGGGGAGAAAUACCAGCUUAGACUUGUCCCGACCCGCUGGGCAGGAAAAGGACUGCUGGGCUGCAACAUUAUUCCUUUGCAAAGAUGAUUGUCCCUGGGGAACAGUAAUAGGAAAACAUCUUCCCUUGUCCUGGACGUGGGUCUGGUGGGAAUUUCUUCCUUCUCUUCUCUCCCUGAAGCUUAAGGAUCUGUAAGAGGCUGGAAACCUGAACUUCUGGGUGAAGGAAAUGCUGUGGCCUCCCAGUGUAACCUCUUGGGAUUAAGGCAUUGUUAACUUGACUUGUGCUUGGCAUCUUUUGCAAAUUAGGCCAUGGCCCUAAAUGGGAGUCCUCUGGAUUGUGGGCCAGUGGGCGGGAGUUAUUCUGGUAGGUGCUGAUAGGACUUUAUUCUUUUAGGAUUUUUUUUCCCCAAAUAAACACAGGUUUCAGUGCUGAUAUGACCAUGUUAUCACCCCAACUGGAUUUUUUUU